AUGCUGUUCAAGGACAACACAGAAUUCGACUCCAACCUGGGAAAAGAACCCUUUAAAGUCAGGGUUGGUGCCGGGCAGGUCAUACAAGGCUGGGAAAAGGGCCUGAUAGGGUAAGUCAGGUCUUUACAGCACUCACAUGUCUCUUUAACCUUUUUCACUUUACAAUUCCAUAAUAACAUCGGAUAGGCUUUUGCUUGGGUCGUGCAACUACUCUAGGGCCAGUUUUAUGAGCAACUGACCCAUAUAAAUAGUUCUUGCAGGCGCACUCCGCCCAGCAGUCCCUUCGACUGAUCGGCGUCAGAGACCAGAUCACUAGCUGCACACCCCCUCAAACCUGAGCUGCUAGAUCAGGACAAGACAAAGGCCAGUGCAAUGUUAUCGGGACCGUUCGCAAUUAGCACUUCACUUUGUUAGUACGUAAUCUAUUGUUGACUGAAUUCGACGGUUUACUAUGGGUCAGCUCGACUAUGUUGAAGCAAAACUACUGAUUGAGAUCUGCAUGAUAAGCGUCAAUGUGUUGGGGUCAAGGAUGCAAAAUCAACUGCAACCACACACAGUGAUUUCGUUCCGUCUAAUGCAAGCUUUUAGGGAGCUGUGAAAACAGGUUUAUUCUUUUCGUAAGUCAGGUUGCCAUGAGUUGGCUGUUCGUUUGUGUCAGAGGAAACCGUUUGUUCGGGAGAGCCUCAGUCACGCGGGUCGGACAUGUACCCACCAGCAUGAGUGUCACAGGAGCGGAGUGUGGGUCAAAAAUGAUAAGCCACUCCGGAAAACGGGGCGAUGGCACGACUGCCACAAACGCAUUUGUAUCAGUGGGCGGAUUGUUGCCCAAGACACUUUGGGAAAAUUUGGUUUUUCGUACAAGAAGAACUCUUAAAUGUCGUUUAGAAAAGCCUCCCUUCAAACAGUAUGGUCCAGGUGCAUUAAAUCUGAAAGUUUCUACGUGAGCACGGUACAUAUGACAAUGCGCUACAGUCCAAAUGGUUCAGGACUGUCAUGCAGAGGAUCGUCGUUGUACCGACAAAUUUUGAUACUGUUAUAAAUUGUGGAACAGCAGCCUUCUUUCGUACUUGAUUCAUUAACUCUCGGGGAUUUUUGCUGUACAUUCCGGACAGAGGACCGCCAAUUGACGGUUUUGUUGUUUCCACCCUAGUUUAUCUGAAAAAUUGUGAUGAUCAUGACCGUCGUAAGCCAUCCACUUUUCGUCGUACGGUUCAGAAGUAGGUCGUUUUCGAAUUAGCAGUGUUGGACAAGUUUCGAGACAGAAGUUUCGAUUUUAAGUUAGUUUUUACGACCUACAUUUGUCGAGCAUCCCUGCCCUCCGAGGGUUGUAAGGUGCUAGAAAACGGUCGUGAAGGGUAUUGCCAUUUGAGCCGCAAGUCCUGCCUCAGUUUGGCCUGGGUCUGUUUUAGCCCGUUUCUUAAAAUCCUCUCUGUUGAUAUCAAGAGUUUUGUCGUGUUCUUUUUUUCCCUUAACUCGUUUUACCACCGUCAGUUUUUUUGAAUCAACGUAAUACCGUUCGUCGCCCAGAGACAUCGUGACCAAAUUCCGUCUUGUCAUUUAAAGUCCAUCAAGUUGCUUUGUGAUCGAGUUCAUAUGUUCCCACCUUGUAAACCAGUUCAUACCACUAAUUUUUCGAUCGUUUUUCGCCGCACUGUGCGAUGUUUGACUAUCCGUGUCACCACCUACAGACGUUAUUAAACCCCACCAACCGACCGUUUCACCACCCGAAUACGCACAAACUGCCGACUAUUUGUCGCUAGACAUAAUCUUUACAUACCAUUUUACUAGUGUCCAACAUAAAGACGACUUCAUUUAUUCAUUAGUCACAAUUUUUUUCUCUAAGUUUGGUUCUUUUUGCAUCUUUGCGAUGUAUCUCCCAGUUUAGGGAAGAAAAUCCUUAGGGCUUCUUGAUAUAUUUGUGAACGACUCCAUCCUACUUUCAUAUAUAUAUUCUUCGAUGUAUAAUAAAUCCUACCGGCAGUAUCCAGUUUGAAAAAGGUACACAUAUUGCCCGUUAAUACUUAUCGCUCUUCUUUCUCCUAUUCCCAUAUUUUCAGUAUGUGUGAAGGUGAGAAGAGACGAUUACUCAUCCCGUCGAGCCUGGGUUACGGAUCUGCUGGUUCUCCACCCAAAAUACCCGCAGAUGCGGAUCUCAUUUUUGAUGUGGAACUGGUCAAAAUACAUAAGCUUGACCGGGGUCUCUAG